AUGGGCAAGUCAUCCAAAUUCUACAAGAAGCCAACGCUCAAGGAAAAGCAAGCGACACAAGGCAAGGCUCGCUCAUCAGUCUCCGCCAUAACAUCGACCUCAAGUGCGCCAGUCUUCAAGCAAGUAGCGGUCAAGAAGGCUGCCUUGACUGGCAAGGCGCUCGAAAAGAGGCAGGUGUUGGAACAAAAGUCCCGUCAGAAGGAGGAGGCAACUCGUGCUCCCAAGCCCGUCUUCCGUCAAGCUGGCGCUACACCAACAUCAACAGCAGCUGCUCAAGACGAGGAGAGCGAAGGAGAGGAUGAAGACAUGGCUGACUAUGGCACGGAGCAGAUUAAGAGAAGACCACGCAAUCGUCAACGGAAGGACUGGGGACCCAUGCCUAAGGAGAUGGGUAUCGACUAUCUCAAGCAGUGGGACAACCGUUGUUAG